AUAUUCACUGCCAAAGCUCAUCUUGCCAGGGCCAUUCUGCGACCUUCUUCUCGUCCUCUCUCCCUAUACACACAUCCACCCACACCCCGGCUUACGUACCUCUCUGACUGCGAAAAACGAUUGCGCAGUGAGAAGCGCAUCGUUUCUAUCUCGUCUGCUUGCUUUUGAUCCUCAGGAACGACGCCGGUGGUCAACUUUGUCCACCUUGCACAGCUCGCGCUUGCUGCCAUCUUGGCACUUGACUGCAAAUCUCUCUGCCAGCCAAUCCGACAGCACAUUCGCAGUCUUGGCAUCGUAACCAGCCCUCCUGCUUGAGCCCCUUUUGGAGCUGCUUACUCAGCUCCGAGCUACGCCGCCUUCUCACCCUCUAGGCAGACAGGCAAGCAGGGAUCACGCUCAGUGGAUAGCGCCCAGCCAAGAUGGUGCUGUCAGUCUUUGUGCCGAUCGCCUACUUGGCCGCGCUCGUCAUAUCCAUGUCCAUCUUCAGUCGGGUAUACAGGCGAAGGACAGCGGCUCAUUUGGCGGCCAACCACGCUCCUUGGUUUCCCGAAGGACACCCAGAGCGAGACAUUUACCAAUCCCUGGUCUUGGCAUCUGCCAACCCGCCCCUGGACGACAAGGGCAAUGCGCGCAACAGUAUCCCAGAAGUGGUUCUCAAGGCCGCUCUACUCAACAGAGCCAUGGCUGACGUAAAGAGGAUCAUCAGAAUGAGGGACGAUAAGCAAGCUAUGGCUGCGCUGGUACAAAAAGGAUCGCUUGGAGACGAGACUGUGGCCAGAUUUGCCCUAGCGGAAAAGGAAUUGGAAGCGGAAUUGUUGGAUGUGAUCAGCGAGGCGAACACGUUCAGGGAAGGGUGGGGUCAGCUCAUUUUCCCUACUGCUGGCGAAAUGGUCGCACAUCUGAAACACAAGGAGGUCUACUAUGGCGUUGCAACUCAACGAGAUGACGAGAAACUCAAGCUGCAAGAAGCGGGCAAGCCCGUACCCCAAUCCCGAGUACCAUUACCUCCACUAGUCACGCCUCCAGGUACACAGAUCCAAGUCCAAAUGCCAGCUCAGCCAGGUCCGGCAAAUGGGCACGCUGCACCAGCCAAUGCGGAGCAAGCUAAAAUCGCAGCAGCUGCUCAGGCAGCCGGCUUACCGCCUGGGUUCUUGCAAGCUGCGCAACAAGCUGCAGCGAUGAAGCAACAACAGCAACAAAAGUUGCAGCAAGCUGGUCAAGCAGGAAAUAAGCAGGUGACUGUGGAAGAAGAGGAGGUGGAGGAAGAGUAAAAUGGCACAGGCACAAAAACAUCCUCUGGAGCACAUCGUGCUGUAUUCGCGGCCAUCACAAGCAGCCUUGAGGGCAUGAAUGUGGACCACCAGCCUUGUUCAGGAUGCGCGCUUGCGACGGGCGGCUGCACGCUCCUGGCUUCACGUGUGCUUCACACGCCAUCUUUCGAAAUGGAAGUACCAAAGACCCGCAAUUGCACGACUUCUUUGCGAGUG